AUUGACCGCCUUGCUCCUAACUCUCUCCGCCCCUGCAGAUCAAGGGGACCUUCAUCCUCGAACGCUCUGCGGGCAUAUCCGAUCGCCUCUUCUAUAAAGUCUCCACAAGCUGCACUGCGGGAUUUUGCACCGUUUUGCAUCUCUUUGGGACCCCAUCGUCUCCGAAACAUCGAGCCCGCCAACUCUCGUUCAACAAUAUGCGACGUUCUUUCGAGAUGAAGACUAAGGCGUUGCUGCUGAGCAUCGCGCUGCUGGCUCUGCUACGCCGCGAUGCCUUGCAGGCAGAAGCCAAAUCCAAGGGAUUCGAGAAGCUGGUAAGCAGGUCUCUGCCACACGAGCGCGCUGCUCGAGCGCAGCAGCUCGAAUUCGCGAAGAGGGACGACGGCGCUCCUGUCAGCAGCGAGUCCGUGCUGCAGCGCGGUGCGAUGAGCCGCUCAAACGCGUCGCCUUUGGUUGAUCGCAGGGUAAGCGAGUCAACGAACGGUCCAUUCCACGCCGUCGAGCGCAAGUCUUUGGCCUCCGAUUCGAUCAUCUAUCAGCGCGAACAAGCUGAGGAGCUCUUCUCGGAGCGCCGCGAGAACGAAGAUGAAGUCGUGCUACGGGCAACUUCGGAUGAGGAAGAGUCGCUUUUCGAUGCGAAAUGGCUUCCUCGCGUCGACUCCGUCGAUCGCGUCACGCUCGAAGCUCGUGUUGCUGAUGGCUUUCAAGAGCUGACCCACCGCUUGGAGAGCGGCUUGUUCGAUGAGCACGUACACAAACGAGCAGAGACCGGUGCUGAUCAGAAGAAGCCCAGCCUUUUGAGUCAGGAGGAAGAUGAAGGAUAUUCGCUAGUUGACAAGAAUACAGCUCAAAGCGGCACCUCCCCAACCAAGUCGCAAGCGAAGCCCAACGACGGUUCGGCAGAAUCCGGGGAAAGCGUGAGCCCAAACGCUGAGCCCGCCAAGCCCACCAAUGAGAAGGCGAGACCAGACACUGGGAAGCAGUCUGGCAAAGGGGCUCAGGUCGGUCAAGCUACGACAAGCGAGAACGCAGUACCCGAGGGCGCAAAUGGGCAGCCGAUCGACCUGACGAAACUUGUAAACCCCUUCAUCGGUACUGGCAACAUAACGUACGGCAACGUCUUUCCAGGCGCGAGCGUACCGUUUGGCAUGGCAAAGCUCGGCAUCGACCUUGAGACCUAUGCACCCGCCGGCUACAAUGGUAAUCUGGAUGCUCCCGUAAGGGGCGUUUCAGUUCUGCAUGACUCGGGCACGGGCUCCUCUUCAGGAUCCUUUGGCCAAUCCGAGUCAAUGGCAGUCUUCUGUGAGACAUUUGCCACCUGUCCAAAGACGCUGGACGAGCGCAUGCGGAAGAGGGUCAAGGGCAAAGACGUUGCUCACCCUGGCUACUUCAGCAGUCAGCUCGUCGAUGGCGUUGUCAUCGAGGUGACCAGCACCCGCAGAGCGGGUCUUCAGCGCUGGACCUUCCCGAAGGACAAGGUCGCGCAGGCAGGAUACAAGAAACCCACCAUCGUGUACGACUGGACCAACGAUCUCCCUGGCACCUUCCGAGGAGGACAGAUGGACUUCAAUUACGAGCAAGGUCGCGUGAUGAUGAAUGGAAGCUGGGGCUCAUCUUUUGGAGUCAGCGGAGCUACUUGGAACGGCUACUUUUGCUACGACUAUCUCAACGAAGGCAAGCAGACGCUCGCAAAGGCUGGCAUCUGGGCAGGCGACCGUUUCGGCCAAUCGGUCGUCACUGAAGGGCUGAAACACGCACAACAAGUCCGCAGCGAGAUCGGUGGCCAGCCAAUCCAGGCCGGCGCUCUCGUCUCCUGGGAAAAGACUCCCACUGAUCAGAACGGCAAUCCGCAAGUGCUCGUGAGAGUCGGGGCCAGCUACGUCAGCGCGCAACAAGCAUGUCGCAAUGCCGAAGAAGAGAUUCCCAGGUUUGACUUUGAGGCUGUGGCCAGCGCUUCCAAAGCAUCGUGGAACGAGAAGCUCAACCGAGUCAUUGUCAAGACGAACAAUAAGGAUCUAGCUCAAAUGUUCUACAGCUCGCUUUACCGAUCCUUCGUCAGUCCCAACAAUGCUACGCUGGAGGGACAAGGCAAGUACCUCAACACCCAAGCGCCCUACUUCGACGGUCUCUACUGUCUUUGGGACUCUUCGCGCACUGCAUUCCCCUAUCUUGGCUUCCACAGUCCUAGAGACUACGCCCAAGUCGUCGAGACUAUAACGGAUGGCUGGCGAAAAGACGGCUUCAUUCCGGAAUGCCGUGCGAACAAUGUUCCUGGUCUCACUCAAGGGGGUAGCGAUGGCACGUUGGUCUCGGCAGAUUUCCUCGUCAAGUACGCCAAACAUGCGAAGGAUCUUGGAGUCAACGUUGAGGACAUGUACGCCGCGCUGCACAACGAUGCUUACUCUACCCCGGCCGAGUGGAAUAGCGGCGGUCGACAGAUCAAUGUCUACACACAAUACGGAUACAUUCCCUUUGCCGUCUUUGACGCUGUCAGCACAGGUCGGCAGACUCGCGAGUGUUCCAGAACACUCGAGUAUGCCGUGAACGAUUUCGCCAUUCGAAAUGUUGCGAAGCUCACGAAUCACGGAGAUGUGGCUAAAGAUCUUGAGAAGCGAGCCUACUUCUACAAGAACUGUUUCAACCCCGACCUCGAAAGCAUGGGCUUCAAGAACUUCGUGGCGAAGAGACGCAUCGACGGCUCGUUCCCCAAAUCCGAUCCGACGGACUGCUCGCCUCUUGACACCAACGAGACUCACGCUUGCUCCCUGCAGCAGAACAACAUCUUUGGAGUGUACGAGUCAAGCAGCUGGGAAUACUCCUUGUAUGCCCCUCACGAUUUUGCUGGCUUGAUCAAGCUCCUCGCUAAUGGUAACAACGAAGCGUUCAUCAAGAGAGUAGACAAAUUCUUCGAUGCCGGUCUGUACCUUGCUGGUAACGAACCCAGCUUCCAGACACCUAUAAUUUAUCACUACGCCAAUCGUCCAGACCUGUCCAUCGAUCGAGUCAGACAAGUGGUGUUUGAAAACUUCAACACCGGCAACGAUGGUAUUCCUGGCAACGACGAUAAUGCUGCAAUGGCGACGCUUCUGAUGUUUCACCUGAGCGGUCUGUACCCCAUUCCCGGCACGCGAGAGUUCCUGGUGCUCUCGCCUUUCCUCGAGUCGAUCCUCUUCAAGAACGAAUUGCUAGGCGAUGCGCUCAUCACCGUUGACGGCUUUGAUCCCACCUCGCUCAAGAAGAAAAUUCCUCAAGGAUCGCGAGCUUACGUCGAGAGCGUCACUAUCGAUGGGAAAGUGCAAAGCUCGCGCUGCAAGAUCAUGUUCCAGGACAUUUUCCCAGAGCGAGGUGAUGGCAAGACGACCAACAUUGUCAUCAAGGUCACUGCGGAUCGAGCCGCUGCGAACAAUUGCGGAAAGAAUGCCUCCGAUCUGCCUUCUUCCCUCUCUACUGGAGGAUUCGACAAGCUCUAGAAGCUGUGACGAGCCUUGCUCUCCGAUUUGCUCACUCGCAAUCACAUUGCCUGAUCAACACACU